CAGGAAUGGUCACUCCCUGAAUCUAGGCAAGGAAGGGGAGGGGCCUGGGCCCUCUUCUCCCGCCUCUUCUCCUGUGAACUUCUCCCGCUCCUGCCUCGGCGGCUGGAGUUCCCAGGGCCGGGAGUCGCUGCACGCCCCUGGCUGUGCCCAUGGUCUCGGUGACUAGAGCCGUGUUCGGGGACCUGCCCUCAGGGGCAGGGACAGUGGAGAAGUUCCACCUGCAGUCUGACCUGCUCAAAGUGGACAUCAUCUCCUGGGGCUGCACCAUUACGGCCCUGGAGGUCAAAGACAGGCAGGGCAGGGCGUCAGAUGUGGUGCUCGGCUUUGCAGAGCUGGAAGGCUACCUCCAAAAGCAGCCCUACUUUGGAGCAGUGGUUGGCAGGGUGGCGAACCGAAUUGCCAAAGGGACAUUCACAUUGGACGGGAAGGAGUACAAGCUGGCCAUUAACAAUGGGCCCAACAGUCUGCAUGGAGGAAUCCGAGGGUUCGACAAGGUCCUCUGGACCCCUGAAGUGCUGUCAAAUGGCGUCCAGUUCUCAAGGGUCAGUCCAGAUGGUGAGGAAGGUUACCCUGGAGAGUUGAAAGUCUGGGUGACAUACACACUGGAUGGUGGGGAGCUUAAGAUCAACUACCGAGCACAGGCCAGUCAGACCACACCAGUCAAUCUGACCAACCAUUCUUAUUUCAACCUGGCAGGCCAGGGUUCCCCAAACAUAUAUGACCAUGAAGUCACUAUAGAUGCUGAUGCCUUUUUGCCUGUGGAUGAAACCCUGAUUCCUACAGGAGAAGUUGCUCCAGUACAAGGAACAGUGUUUGACCUGAGGAAGCCAGUCGAGCUUGGAAAACACCUGCAGGAGUUCCAUAUCAAUGGCUUCGACCACAAUUUCUGUCUGAAGGGAUCUAAAGAAAAGCACUUUUGUGCACGGGUCCAUCAUGCUGGAAGUGGCCGUGUCCUGGAAGUGUACACUACCCAGCCUGGGAUCCAGUUUUACACAGGCAACUUCCUGGAUGGCACGCUGAAGGGCAAGAGUGGAGCAGUCUAUCCCAAGCACUCCGGUUUCUGUCUCGAGACCCAGAACUGGCCUGAUGCAGUCCAUCAGCCCGACUUCCCUCCUGUGCUGCUGAGGCCUGGGGAGGAGUAUGACCACACCACUUGGCUCAAGUUUUCUGUGGCUUAAGGAAGUGUAAAGAUGUGACCUCCUCCAGGGCCAGGCUGGGAGCCUCUUCAGCAGCUUGUCUCCUGCCCAGAGAGAUGAAGAUUUAGAGGCCUUAAAAGUGAUCCUGCAGGGAUCCCUGGGUGGUGCAGCGGUUUGGCGCCUGCCUUUGGCCCAGGGUGCUAUCCUGGAGACCCAGGAUCGAAUCCCACAUCGGGCUCCUGGUGCAUGGAGCCUGCUUCUCCCUCUGCCUGUGUCUCUGCCUCUCUCUCUCUCUGUGACUAUCAUAAAAAAAAAAAAAAAAAAAAAAAAAAAAGUGAUCCUGUGAAUGAAACCCACAUAAAGGGUAGCUUCCUAAUGAUUAGUCUGAGUAUUGAUUUUUCUUUCCCGGUGACUGGCUACAGGUCAGGUCUAUGUGCACCUCUCUCCUCUGUGUAGGUAAGAGGACUCACUGGGUGGCUCAGCGGUUGAGCAUCUGCCUUCGGCUCAGGGUGUGAUCCUGGAGUCCCAGGAUCGAGUCCCACAUCGGGUUCCCUGCACAGAGCCUGCUUCUGCCUCUGCCUCUGUCUCUCCCUCUCUCUCUCUCUCUGUGUCUCUCAUGAAUAAAUAAAUAAAAUCUUAAAAAAAAAAAAAGAGGACUCAUCGAUUAUUAAUGUCAUCACCUGAGCCCUGACCCUAGGCCAGAAGUGGUAUCCAAGCCCCUUGUACCGUUUUGGCUCCAUCUCUUCACCCUGUUGCUUUCUUCUCUACUUUUUACCCUUCCUUUGAUCCUUUCAUUCCUUUUCUUUGUCCUCCUCCUCCACCUCUCCCCUGUGCAGCACUGUGGAGUUUACAGUCACAUUAGCUCAUUUUUACAUGCUAGCAGAUGGACUUGUCUGCCUUGAUAAGGCAGGAGAUGACGGACAGCCAGGGAGCUGGGGCCUAGGGAGGAUAAAUGACCCUCGUAAAAAGCAUACAGCUAGGAAAAUUUUAGCCAGGACUUGACAUCAGAUCAUGCACAUUCAGCUCCCCUUCUUUGCUUCCAUUUCAGCCCCCCAGGGCACCCAGGGUCACUGAUGGGCAAAGGAGGGGAGGGAGCUGACCUUCCUCUCUUAGCGCCAGCCUUUCU